ACGUACAGAUGUUGUGUUACGUACAGAUGUUGUGUUACGUACAUUUCAAUUAUUUAUUUAUUAUUUAUAAAGAUUGCCAUUCCGGUCACGGGAUUUUGCCACGUUUUACCCCCUAAGGGGCCAAAUCCAGUUUCACUCUGUGUGAAGGCAGGUGGACGAGUCGCCAGCUCAUCGCAGGACCCUCACUGAUGGCUGUGGCUGCCACACAAGGUGCCAACUGCACAUCAGGAGGUUUGGGGUUGAGUAUCUUUCUCAAGGAUACUACGACACAUAACUCAGUCCUGCUCCAGGGGAGCCUGGAUUCAAACCAGUGACCUUCCGAUCACUACUGCGCCAGCUCUACCCACUGAGCUACAGCCGCCCCUUUAUAGAAAUCGUUAAUCAAUUAAUUAUUAUCAUUAAUAAUCUAAUCAGCUGCUGCAGGUUCAGUUCACAGACUUUCUAUUCAAAAUGUUUGCUGCAGGCGUCCAUGUUUUUUCCAAACAAAUGCUCAAGACGCAUUUUUCAUUGAAAUUCAAGAAAACCAACUCUGAAAUCUGGACCUGUGAAUAAUGAGGCAGAGUUGAAGCUCUUUAGAUGACGGCGUCCAAACACACACACACGAGGAAACCCAGGAGGAAACUACCUCUGUUUACACCAGAUCAUUUGCAAUACUGUGUUUCAGAUGAGAAAUCAGAAAAGUGAUAAUGAGCUUGACACUGGAGAAAAUAAAAGUUCUUUAGAGCAAAGAGAAGAAAACAGGGGCGACAGAUUCAAACCAUCAACCUUCCAACUGGGAGACCAAAGAUGUACCUUUCUCACCAGCACAGCCUGGUGCACCUUCACCGUGUGAAGCACAGAACUCAUUUCGUGCUGUUUCUGGUUCUUGACAGCUUUGAGCACAAUGUCUCAUUACCAUGAAUCAUGAGGACGUCCUGCAGCGUCUCCUCGUCCUCACGUACGUCACAUUCCAGCGGACAGAAACACAAAGGCUUCAGACUCAUCACAUCGUCUGUCAGCCUCCAAACAAACAGGAUAUGAAGAUAAUGACAUCAUGUUGUUCUGUGUGACACGUUCAUGUUGCUCGACAUCACAUGAGUUCUUCUUCAUGAUUUGUCUCAGUGGAAAAAAAGUGUUCAUGUUUUCAUGUUUGACAGAAGGUGAGUCUUCAGAAUCUGAAAUGACUCCAUCAGAACCAUUGAACCGGACCACGGUGAGUGUGGAUCUCCUGCCACUGACCCUGAUAGCGACGCUCGGGUGUUGAGCGGUACUGAGCACUGAUGUCUCUGCGAAGCGAUGUCUGGACGAUGUCACCGAACUCUUCUCGGCGUUUUCCUUCACUGCUCAGUUAAACUCGGAGCGUCAGGAUUCCUGAUGUCACAUCCAGCCGUCUCUCCUCAGCAGAACAUUUUGAACUCAUAAAAAGUGGAAUUAAAGCGAAGCAGCGUCGUGUUUGUUCUCUCUAAAUGUUGAGUGGGCGGCUCUCCGCUGCUGCUGCCUCUUUGUUUAAUGGAGAUAUCAGCGAGUGCUAAUGAAGUCUGCUAAUCCUCUGAACGCUCCGUUAAUUCCUCUCCUCUUCAGCCGGACAUUCUGCCGUUGUAUUUGUAGUAGAUGAGCGCCGGCGGCUGCUCAGCGCUGCGGCUGCUGAUAGUUUUAUUGUUUUAUUGUUCAGACUCCAUUUAAAGUCAAUAAGGACUAAUGGACGCGUGUUUGACUCGACUGUCAGCGUUCCUUCAUCGCCUCGCAGCAGCCCGCCAGCUGUCAAUCAAACACGCUGCAUCAUGUGACCCAUGGGGGGCGGAGCAUCGGGCUUCAAAAGAGCAGCACCCAGGAGCACCAGGACCAGAGACAAACCAGAACCAGACCCCGGCCCAGCAGAAGACACCAGACCAGCCGACAGUAUGCAGUGCGUUCGUUGUCCCGCCAUCUUGGCUCUUGUGGCAUUGGUUCUGUGCGGUCCAGGCGUUUCCUCUCAGCUCGACAGAGACCAGGACCAGAACCAGGACCUGAACCUGGAGCUGCAUCAGCACCGGCUGUUGCAACGAGCUCGCAGCGCCGGGCUCCUGUCACAGGAGUGGAGUAAACGUGCAGUCGAGGACCUGCUGGCUCAGAUGUCUCUACCAGAGGCCGACGCCCAGCGGGAGGCUGAGGUCGUCUCCACGGCAACAGGAGGAAGGAUGAACCUGGAGCGGUCCGUCGACGCCCCCAACAACCUGCCCCCCCGCGAACGCAAAGCCGGCUGCAAGAACUUCUACUGGAAGGGCUUCACUUCCUGCUAAAGCCCCGCCCAGCUAAGGCCACGCCCUCACCAAGACCCAACUGACCGAUCCCAGAUCCCUUGGCCUUCACCUGAGCGACUGGAUGGACCAAUCAGCAGCUGCGUGGCUGCAGUGAACCUGAGUAAUUAAUGUAAUUAUCAAUUAAAGAGAGAAAUCAA